AUGGCCGACAGCAUCAACCGCAACCCGCACCCGGACUUCAAGACCGUCGAGGCCUCGCGCCCCGACUUUGACGCCUCCGCGCCUCCCUUCCGCUACACCAAGACCCCCGAGCCGUCCUGGGCCUUUGGCUCCGGCCGCAACCGCCUCGCCGACCCCGGCGCCUCCCGGCCGCACGUCGCCCUCGACCCGCACGCCGACGGCCGCCCCGCCGGACUCAACUACAAGCUGCUCAUCUCCGCCGUCACCCCGCGCCCGAUCGCCUUCAUCAGCACGCGCAGCCCCGACGGCCGCGCGACCAACCUCGCCCCCUUUAGCUACUUCAACGUCGUCACGCACGACCCGCCCAUCUUCGUGAUUGGCUUCUCCUCCUCCGUCGCCGACGCCAAGGACACGCUGAGGAACCUGCUGGACUCCAAGGAGUGCGUGAUCAACAUCAUCUCGGAGACGUACCUGGAGGCGGCCAACGCCGCCAGCAUCGACGCCCCGUUCGGCAGGGACGAGUGGCGCCUGACGGGGCUGACGCCCGAGUACGGGUGCGAGACGGUGCGCUGCGCGAGGGUCAGGGAGGCCGUGUUCAGCGUGGAGGCGAAGCUCGACUCGGUGCGCGAGUGGGACAGUCGCGCGAGGCCGGGGGAGAAGUCGGGCACGACGGUGUUUGUUGAGGGCACCCGCUUCUGGGUCCGCGAGGACGCGCUCAACGCCGACAAGAGCAUCGUCGAUCCUGCGGUGAAAGGCAUCGAGCUCACCCGACCCAAGUUCAACGAGGACCUCGGCGGCCUCGAAGGCUACGAGAAGCUCGCCGAGCGCAAUCCCUGA